AAAUCUUCCUCAGUCAGUUUAUUUACGUACGACGUUUCGGUAGGCGGUACGGUGGAUGUCAACCAUUGAGUGCUCAAACGGAAGAGAGAAACAAUCAUUCUUCAAAAUUUAUGGGCCCUUUGGGGCCCGAAAGCUAGCAAUUGGCCCGGACAAUUUUCUGCUCAAUAACCAACCGUCUUUUUACUUAUUUUAGAGUUAAAUUUCUUUGAAGUCAGAGACCCGUUUCCUGUGAGUUUUUUUGACUGCGUUGAAAUUGCAUCAUGUCGUUCCGCGCUGCCUUCGUUCGACUGAAGCAGCUCGCUGCCGAAGUUCUGGCUCGGAAACGGGUUUUACUCAUCACCGGAAAAGCCCACAAGCAGGAGGGACUACUUCAAGCCGCGCCGCGCCCCCUGCCCAGGAAGGACCCAGCAACACCCGUCAACCAUCUACAGCGAGUUUUCGUCGGCUACCAGAGCAACAGCGCAAGCUGGGCCGCCCAGCUGCGUCGGAACGCGGCACUGCGUUUGAUCCAAUCCCGCUCUUUGGUCGGGAGGGGCGUGGGAGGGCGGGGCCGCCUGCCCAUUUACGCCUUCCUGGGGCUGACACUGGCGGCCGGGGAGAGGAGCGUGUUGGAAGGAAAUGAUGGUGCGAUGAAUGAAAAUGAAAAGAUGCGGGGUCGGUUGCCAUUGGAGACGUGGUGUGAGAUUGUGAGGGGUGUCUUCCAGAAUCAAAGGCCUAAUGAUGAACUUCAGUGUCCUGCUGAUGAAGAACCCUUCCCAUCAGACACUGCAUCCUACGACAUCUCGGACCGGCUCCUCGGUAAAGGCACCAGCGCGUCCAUCUACGCUGCCCGGCUGACACCACUUCCUUCAACAGAGGGAGCUGUUGACAAUGCCAUGGGCGCUGAAGAGGAUGUCGGCGGAGACGAUGGUCUUAGCUUUCAGGAAGAUGACAGUGAAGACUGGGAGAUGGUUUCCAAUGAGACAGAAGAGCGUCUCGAAGAGGAUGCUGCUGGUUCGAUGGAGUUAUCAUCUUGGGAGAGUCUUGAUGAUGUCGCCGAUGCAGACGAUGAUGUUGUGGUUGAGGAGAAGGAGGAAUCCAAAGACGGUCAUCCUGUAAAGGAUGAGGCUGGCGGUGGUUAUGACUUGGCACUGAAGAUGAUGUUCAACUAUGAUAUUGCUUCCAAUGCCAUUGCGAUAUCCCGUACCUUUGAGAGGGAAUACCUGCCUCUAUGGCCGAGCCUUGAAAGCGGUUCCUUUGGCGAUUUCCGCUGGGAGAAUGGGCACAGAGCCAAGAAGAAAGAUCACCGAUUCCUGCCGCCCCACGCGAACAUUGCGGUGAUCCACCACGUGUUUGUUGCCCCCACGGUGGCCCACGACUUGGAAGAGGCACGGACCCUCUUCCCUGCUGCGCUGCCAGCCAGGCUUCACAUUGACGGGAUGGGACGGAACCAGACCAUGUAUCUGGUGAUGAAAAGGUACGACAUGACUCUUGCUGAGUACAACCGGAGCAUCGGCUGCCCCACCCAGCAGGUCGCCAUGACGAUUAUCGCUCAGCUACUGGAGGGCGUGGCCUACCUGGUGCGUCAUGGGAUAGCUCAUCGCGACCUGAAGAGUAACAACAUCCUGGUCGAGCUGACUGAAGGGAGCCCUCAUGUGGUCAUCGCUGACUUUGGAUGCUGUCUGGCUGAUGAUGCAGUAGGCCUGCAGCUCCCCUACCCAUUAAGACACAUGGAGAUUGGUGGCAACAGCGCCCUCAUGGCUCCAGAGGUCAAGUUAGCAAUACCAGGACCGGCCGCAAAAAUCAACUACACAAAAUCGGAUGCAUGGGCAGUUGGGGCCAUCAGCUUUGAAGUUCUGGGACUUCCCAACCCGUUCUAUCGUCACGGCGACAACCAUCCAGGGCUGGACAGUGCUCGGUAUGAGGACGCGGACCUCCCCGCUAUACCGGACAACGUGCACCAAGGACUUGGAAAAAUUAUCCGCCUUCUACUGAAGAAAGAUCCUUCAGAGCGCCCAUCAGCUACGGUAGCAGCCAACAUGCUCCAUUUGUUGCUAUGGCAACAGCCGGUUUUUACCGUUGCAUCGUGGGAAGGAUCCAAACUGGUGCCCGCCAUCUCACUCCAGAAGCAGCAGAUGGCAACCUGGCUACUGAACCUGUCAGCCCGCGUGCUGAGUCAGAGGUCACCGGGGGGUCAGACGGCCAGUAAAAGUCAAAAGUCAUGGCUUGAUGACACACAGUACCAGCUGUGUUUGACCUUUCUGUCUCGUGUGACCUCUAGUGACCUUAUGACAGCAGCAAGGCGUUUAGUGCCGUAAUGUUUUUUCAUGGAUAACAGACUCGUAAACCAAUGCAUAGUUGCUUAAUAGCGGGAUACUCUUGUUGCCAAGUACAUACCUACUUUCACUGCAGCAGUUUUUAAGACAAUCAGUAAAAGUUACUUGAUCCGAUCACCAGUUUUCU